AUGACUUCCUUAAACUUCUUACUUUUCUCUCCAACUCUACUAAUAAUCAUUACACUCUCCUCCACACCCAAUUUCGCUUGUGCUUCUUUAAAGGAAGCCAAUGCUCUUCUUAAAUGGAAAGCAAGCCUUGAAAUCCCAAACAACGCCUUUCUCUCUUCAUGGCUUCUCCUCCCUAUGAAUUCCAAUGCAUCAUUUCCAUGCACUUCCUGGUUUGGAAUUGUUUGCAAUGCUGAUGGGAGCAUUCGGAAGUUGAACCUCACAUCAUCUGGAGUAAAGGGUACGCUUCAUCAAUUUCCAUUCGCAUUGCUACACGGUCUUACUCAUUUUGAUCUCAGUGUUAACAACUUCUUUGGCCCCAUCCCACCAGAAAUUCGACUCCUCUCCAAACUUAUCCACCUUGAUUUUUCAGAGAAUAAGUUUUCAGGAGUAAUCCCACCUAAAAUAGGAAACCUGAACCGGCUAACCGUCUUGUAUCUAUUCUCAAACAAUAUAUCUGGCUCAAUACCAAUUGAACUUGGGAAUUUGAAUUCUCUCACUGACCUUCAGGUGGCCUACAAUCAACUUAGUGGUUCUAUUCCUUCAUCACUAGCAAACCUCAAGAACCUACACACUCUGUACCUCCAUGAGAAUAAAUUAUCGGGUCCCAUUCCUAUUGAACUUGGGAAUUUGGAGUCUCUUACUCAUCUUGCGGUGAGUAACAAUCAACUUAAUGGUUCAAUUCCUUCAUCACUAGGAAACUUGGGCAACCUACAAUGGCUGAUGCUUAAAGAUAAUAAAUUAUCCGGUUCCAUUCCUACUGAACUUGGGAAUUUGAAGUCUCUCACUAAUCUUGCGGUGAAUCGCAAUCUGCUUAUUGGUUCUAUUCCAGUUUCAUUUGGUGAUUUGACAUCUUUAAAUAGCCUUUAUAUGCACCAGAAUCAGCUUUCUGGUCCCAUUCCUAUUCAGCUUGUGAUUUUAAAAUCUCUCAUUGAUCUUAAGUUGAACAAAAAUCAACUUAGUGGUUCCAUUCCUCCAGAGUUUGGAAAUUCAACUCAACUACAAAGGCUUGAUCUUUCUUCCAAUCGUCUAACAGGUCAGAUUCCUAAGGAGUUUGGGAAGAUGAAAAGAAUGUUGAAUUUGUCUUUGGCUGAUAACCAACUUUCUGGUAUUAUACCUCCAGAGAUCGGAUCUUUUGAACUCAUUGAAGUACUUGAUUUAUCUACAAAUAGAUUAAACGGGUCGCUACCAAUAAGUAUCGGUCAAUGGGAACAUAUUCAUUACUUGAAUCUUAGUAAUAACAAGCUCGGUGAGAAAGUUCCAUCUGAGAUUGGUAAAUUAGUUCAACUUACAAAACUUGAUUUAUCUCAGAAUUUUUUGUCAGAUGUGAUACCAUCUGAAGUUCAAGGUUUGCAAAGUUUGCAAAAAUUGGAUCUUUCUCACAAUAGACUGUCUGGUUCUAUUCCUAACGCUUUUACAAGGUUGCCACAUGGGAUUGAUAUCAACCUUUCUUACAAUGAGCUCUCAGGCCCAGUUCCCCAAAGCCCCAACUUUGUGAAUGCGUCCAUAGAAGGCAAUCCAGGUGUUUGUGGAAAUAUUACUGGAGUGAAACUUUGUGCAAAUCAAAUGAUUAAGAAGAAAAACAAUCCCUUUCAUCAUGGGGUCAUCCUUGUAAUUAUCUUCCCUCUUAUCGGGGCAGCUGUUUUACUUGGUUUGUUCACGUAUGGCCACAUUGCUUAUCGACAACAAAAGAAAAGGUCUCCACAUAAACCAUUGGACGAAGAAAGCAGGGAUUAUUUUUCCAUUACAAGUUUUGAUGGAGGAGUAGUGUAUGAUGACAUCUUGAAAGCAACAGAUGAUUUUGAUGAAGCAUACUCUAUUGGGACUGGAGGAUAUGGUACCGUGUACAAAGCUGAGAUACAACCUAACAAUGUGGUAGCUGUCAAGAAACUUCACUCAUCAUCUGAAAAUGUUGAUCAAAAUGGAUUCCUUAAUGAGGUACGAACAUUAACGAACAUAAGGCAUCGAAACAUAGUUAAACUCUACGGAUAUUGCUCCCAUCCCCGUCACUCAUUUUUGAUUUAUGAAUACCUUGAAAAGGGAAGCCUUGGAUCAAUCUUAAGAAUUGAUGACUUAGCAAAAGAACUUGAUUGGUUGAAAAGGGUAAAUAUUGUAAAGGUCGUAGCUAAUGGUUUGGCUUAUAUGCAUCACGACUGCUCGCCUCCUAUAAUUCAUAGAGACAUUUCCAUUGCCAACAUCCUUCUCGAUUCUGAUUAUGAGGCACAUAUUUCUGAUUUUGGGACAUCCAAGCUUUUAAAGCUAGACUCAUCCAACUGGACCGCAAUUGCAGGCACCUAUGGUUAUAUUGCCCCAGAGCUUGCUUAUACAAUGGUGGCAACCGAGAAAUGUGAUGUGUAUAGCUUUGGGAUUGUUGCACUAGAAGUGAUCAUGGGAAAGCAUCCUGGUGAACUACCAACAUUGUCUGCUGAUUAUUUGGUGUUAGGAAAUGUAGGAGACAGUCGGAUUCCACAUCCCUCACCACAAGUUGAGAAACAAGUUGAUUUGGUGCUGAGUCUUUCAAGAGCAUGUUUGAACUCCAAUCCGAAUGGAAGACCAACAAUGCGCCAAGUUUCAAAUCUGUUGAUGAAGGAUCUGCUUUGAACUGACAUCUAUUGUCUCUGAAGGAUAUAGUGUACUUUCAAUGUUCUUACUUUUCUCAUGUUUCCUAUACGCAUCAUGUCAAUAUGUAUUCAUUUGAAUGUGUUUUUGUUGAGAAACUUUACAAAUACUUGUAGUUAGCAGAUCUUAGAGAUUGGGUAUUAUGUCAGCAAACCCUCGAUUGUUGUACUACCCUCGACUGUUGUACUAUAUAAUUGUAUAUUGUUUUAUAACAAA